CAUCCUUCCUCUCCUCCUCUUCCAGUCAGACCGCUGAGCAGCUCCCUUCGCGCCGGAGACCACGUCCUUCAGUGGCCCGCGGCUGAGACGAGGGGGUGUCAUGGCAUGCUGCUCACACGGGGCAUCCAGCACUGACCAUGGGGCUCCGCUCCAGGACCGUCGCUAGCGGCUCGGAGGAGCAGAAGCAGACGUGCGGCGCUCCGCCCGGGGACCUGGACCAAGGCACCGGGGGCGCGGACCGGGACGGCGCCCUGCUGCUGGCGGCCCCGGGCCGGGAGGACUUCAAGCGGGGCUCGCAGGGCAUCGGCAUCGGGCUGCUGGCCAAGACCCCGCUGAACUACACCGGACCGGCCAAGAGGAACAACAACCGCAGGAGGCGCAUCCAGAACCUGCUGUACGACGCGCUGGAGAGGCCGAGGGGAUGGGCGCUGCUCUACCACGCCUUCGUCUUUCUGAUCGUUCUGGGAUGUUUGAUUCUCGCCAUUCUGACGACGUUCAGGGAGCACGAGAAGGUUUCUGCUCAUUGGCUCGUCAUCCUGGAAACCUUCGCCAUCUUCAUCUUCGGGGCGGAGUUCGGGCUGCGGGUCUGGGCGGCGGGAUGCUGCUGCCGCUACAAAGGCUGGAGGGGGAGGCUCAAGUUCGCCCGCAAACCCCUGUGCAUUCUGGACAUCUUCGUGCUGAUCGCCUCGGUGCCGGUGGUGGCGGUGCGUAACCAGGGCAACGUGUUGGCCACAUCCCUGCGCAGCCUGCGCUUCCUGCAGAUCCUGCGCAUGCUGCGCAUGGACCGGAGGGGCGGGACCUGGAAGCUGCUGGGGUCCGCCAUCUACGCCCACAGCAAGGAGCUGAUCACCGCCUGGUACAUCGGCUUCCUGUCCCUGAUCCUGGCGUCCUUCCUGGUCUACCUGGUGGAGAAGGACGAUGUCUCCAUGGACGUGUCCAACCCUGACAACCCCACCGCUCAGCCCAAACCGCAGGACUUCGACACCUACGCCGACGCGCUGUGGUGGGGGCUGAUCACGCUGACCACCAUCGGCUACGGGGACAAGACCCCAAAGACCUGGGCCGGGAGGCUGCUCGCCGGCACCUUCGCUCUGAUCGGAGUGUCCUUCUUCGCUCUGCCUGCAGGCAUCCUGGGUUCCGGCUUGGCUCUGAAGGUCCAGGAGCAGCACAGGCAGAAGCACUUUGAGAAGCGCCGGCAUCCGGCCGCCGGGCUCAUCCAGUCUGCCUGGAGAUAUUAUUCCACCAAUCCAAUCAGGGAAGACCUCAUUGCCACGUGGAGAUUUUAUGAAACCAUCAUCUCUUUGCCCUGCUUCAGGAAGGACCACCUGGAGGCCAUCGCGAGCCAAAAACUGAGUUUACUUGAGCGCGUUCGCCUCCCCAAUGCACGGCCAUCGAUUGGGACGGGCAAGAGGCUCACGGGUCACACCGACUCCAUCGAGGAAAGCCCCUCCAAGGAGCCCAAACCGGCCGGCUUCAGUAACCGGGAACGCUUCCGCACCGCCUUCCGCAUGAAGGCCUACACGCUCCGCCAGAGCUCUGAAGAUGGCGGAGCCCUGGCAGAACCAGCCUUAGAGGAGCGGGGCUUCCCCCCGGACAUCCUCAUGGAGGAGAUGAUCCCCACGUUGAAACUGGUCAUCAGGGCGGUCAGGAUCAUGCAAUUCCUCUUGAAUAAGAAGCGGUUUAAGGAAACCUUGAGGCCUUACGAUGUGAAGGACGUGAUCGAGCAGUACUCUGCCGGACACCUGGACAUGCUCUGUAGAAUCAAAUACCUCCAGACAAGGAUUGACAUGAUUCUCGCCCCUGGACCCCUCCUCACCCCCAAACAAAAGAAAACCCCCAAAGCGCCCUUUAACUACCCGGCCAAUCAGUCGCCCAGGCACGAGUCCUACCUGGCCAAAGCCACCUCCAUUCCAGAUGUGGAAGACCUGAGCAUGAUGGGGAGAUUUGUCCGAGUGGAGCGACAGGUGGAGGACAUGGAGAAGAAGUUGGACUUCCUGGUGGACAUGCACAUCCAGCACAGCGAGCACCUGCAGGUGGACUCUGCCGGCGCCGCCCACAUGACCCUGGAGGCCUGCAACCCGACGGGGGCCGGUGAGAUCCGACGGGUUUUCUUCAACUACGCCGAGUCGUUCCCGCACUUGUCGUACCAGAUGCCCGUCGGCAAGAUGAGCGGAGGGAGUGGCGGCGGCGGGGGCCAUCAACCCCCGCCGCCACUCCUCCACCAGCGCCGCCCUCCGGCUGCCGUGCCCACCUACGCCGAGCGCCCCACCGUGUUGCCCAUCAGCUCCCUGCAGGACUUGUCAGCGGGGCCGGGCAGGACCACAGGGGCGCGGGGGGGCGACUCGCCGCUCUCGAUGCUGUCGGUGAUCCCACGAUGAGCUGGAGCGCUCCUGAGCGGUUUCAGCAU